ACAAAAAGACUUGCAAUUUAGUAAAAAUGCAAUUAAAAUAUCUACAAACAGUGCUUGAAGCUCAGGAUGCUGAGGCGAAGAUUAUGGCAUUGUGUUGGGCCCCCAAUAACCAGAAAUUGGCGGUGGCGACGUCCGACCGACAAAUUUUGCUUUUUGACGACAAAGGGGAACGCAGGGAUCGUUUCUCGACGAAACCGGGGAAUCCCGAGGCCGGGAAAAAGUCGUACGUCGUGAAGGGAAUCGCGUUUAGUCCCGAUUCAACCAAAUUAGCGGUGGCUCAAAGCGAUUGUAUUGUCUACGUGUACAAACUGGGCGAGAAAUGGGGCGAAAAGAAGGCAAUUUGCAACAAAUUUCCGCAGCCGUCGGCUGUAAUUUGCGUCAUUUGGCUCGCCACGGGGCCGAUUAUUUGCGGGUUGGCCGAUGGCAAAGUCCGGGCGCUCCAGACGAAGUCGAACAAGUCGCAGAGUCUUUUCGCGAGUGAUAGUUUGGUUGUUUCGUUGUGUUCGAAUGCAAAAGGGACUGGGUUUCUUUCGGGUCACGUGGAUGGGAAUGUCAUUCGGUUUUAUGUCACUAAUGAUUUUGGCGAGGACGAGGCGCAAGGGCGAGUAAUUCUUUAUUCGGUGCCCCCGUGUGCUUUAGCGUGGGCUCAAGGGCAUAUUUUUGUGGCGGGAUGUGAGAAAAGAGUCUCCGUUUAUAACAAUAGCGGGAAAUUGGUCAAAAAUUUUGACUAUAGUAAAGACGAGAGUGAGCAUGAAUUUACUGUCGCUACUUGUAGUCCCAGUGGACAGGCUGUUGUUGUGGGUAGUUUUGACCGGUUAAGGCUCUACAUUUGGAAUACUCGACGAAGUAUUUGGGAGGAAGCCCCCUCGAAAGAGAUUAAAAAUUUGUAUUCUGUUAGUGCGUUAUCUUGGAAGAAAGAUGGGUCAAGGAUGUGUUGUGGUGGAUUAUGUGGAGUGGUCAUGCUUUUUGAGUCAGUAUUGAAACGAACAGUUUGGAAAGACAAAUUUGAGAUCACCUACGUUGGCCCGAGCCAAGUCCUCGUAAAACCCUUAGACAGCAACGAAAGCGGAACCAUAAUAAAAUCCCAACACGGCGGUGAAAUCGAAGAUGUUAAAAUAAUGGGCAAAGAUUUUUAUCUAGUUGCUCGAACUGAAGAAACUUUAUUAGUGGCCGAUUUACAAAGACACUUACUGAGCGAAGUUCCAUGGAACAAUUCAGGCCGACACGAAAAAUUCUACUUUGAUUACCCAACAGUUUGUUUGGUUUUCAAUGCCGGUGAAUUAACACUCAUCGAAUACGGAGACGAUCAAGUUUUGUGUUCGGUGAGGACCGAAUUUGCGAAUCCGCAUUUAAUUAGUGUGCGUUUAAAUGAACGAAUUUCAACAACUGAUAACAAAAAAUUGGCUUAUUUGUUGGAUUUGAAGACGAUUUGUAUCGUGGAUCUCUUAAACGGUGUUUUAAUAUCGCAAGUGACGCACGAUUCGAAAAUUGACUGGUUGGAAUUGAACGAAACCGGUCAGAAAUUACUGUUUCGGGACAAAAAACAGAGAUUAAUUUUGGUGGAUACAAGCACUCAAAGUAAACAGUGUAUUUUCACGGGUGUUAGCUUUGUUCAAUGGGUCGAAGGUAGUGAUGUUGCUGUAGCUCAAGCAAAUACCAGUUUAGCGAUUUGGUAUAAUAUUGAAAUGCCUGAAAAUCCCACGAUAAUGAGUGUCAAGGGGGAUGUUACUGAUGUUGUGAGGAAUAAUGGUAAAACGGAAGCGGUUUGUAUUGAUGGGAAUAAUGUCUACAAUUUGGAAUUGGACGAAGGGCUUGUCGAGUUUGGAACUGCGAUCCACGACAACGAUUACGCCAGAGCCGUUCUUUUCUUGGAAUCGAUGGGUAAUUCCCCGGAAGCGUCAGCAAUGUGGCACAACUUAUCAACAAUUGCCCUAAAAGAGCACAACUUACAAUUAGCUGAGCGUUGUAACGCAGCUUUAGGUAACGUAGCAGCUGUACAUUUCCUUCGCGAAACAAUUGAUAAAUUAUCGAAUGAAAGUCCCGAAAUUUGGGCACGUUUAUCAAUCUUGAACGGCGAUUUAACAACAGCGGAAAAUAUUUAUUUGGAACAAGGCGACAUCGAGAGUGCUUUAAACAUGUACAAAAAAUUACACAAGUGGGACGAGGCGUUACGACUAGCCGAACAACGUGGUUACGACAAGUUGAAACAACUCCAAGACGAACACAUGUCUGUUCUUUUGCAAAGUGGUCAAUAUGAGAAAGUCGGUCAAGUGUUGGAAAAGGAGAACAAGUUUGAACAAGCCUUGAACAUGUAUAUCAAGUCGGGGAAAUUGCUUCGAGUACCGUCAUUGGUGCUGAAAAAUCAAGAGCUGUUGAAAGAUCAGACGUUGAUAGCAACGGUGUUGAAAAACUUGGUCAAACAUGAAAUGUUUGAAGCUGCUGCUGAAAUAUAUGAAAAGUUGGACAAGAUUGAUCUUGCGAUGGAGUGUUACCGAAAAGGGAAGGUUUGGAAUAAAGCUGUGGAUUUGGCUCGUGAAGUGAGUCCAGAUAAGGUGGUGGAUUUGGAGGAGGAAUGGGGCGAUAGUUUGGUUGAAAGCAAACAAUUGGAUGCUGCAAUAAGUCAUUUUAUCGAAGCUGGUCGCACUUUGAAGGCUUUAGAUACGGCCGUUGCGGCCAAACAGUGGAAAAAAGCCGUCCAUAUAAUUCGAGUAAUCGACGAUCAAGAAUCAGUGAAAAAAUACUACGACACUAUUGGUGGUUAUUUUGCAAAAAUUCGUGAUUUUGCCACAGCUGAGAAGCUUUAUAUCUCCUCGGGGAUGUACAAAGAGGCUGUUGAUAUGUACAACGAGGCCGGUCAGUGGGAAAAAGCCCACAAUUUAGCCUCCCAAUACCUCGAACCUGAAGAAGUCGCCGAAAUGUACAUUAAAAAAGCGGCCCAACUCGAGGAAAACGGCAAAUUUCGUGACGCUGAACGUCUUUAUGUUUCGGUAAAUUCCCCCGAUUUGGCAAUUGCGAUGUAUAAGAAAGUCGAGCAGUAUGAUAAUAUGGUGCGACUUGUCGAAAAGUACCAUCCUGAUCUUUUGCAAACGACUCAUUUGCAUUUGGGUCAACAAUUGGAGAGUCAGGGGAAGUACCGAGCGGCUGAAAUUCAUUAUUUGGCCGUGAGUGAAUGGAAAGCUGCGAUGAAUAUGUAUAGGAGUUUGGGGAUGUGGGAGGAGGCGUACCGUGUGGCGAAACAAAAUGGUGGAGCAAUGGCGGCGAGUCAAGUGGCGUUUUUGUGGGCGAGGACUUUGCCCAUUGAUUCGGCGAUUAAGUUGUUGAAUAAGUAUGGGAUUUUGGAUUCGUGUGUUAAUUACGCUUGUGAAACGUAUCAGUUUGAUUUUGCGUUUCAGUUGUGUAAGAAUUUGCCCAAUAAGGUCACCGAAGUGCAUUACAAAUACGCAAUGGCAUUAGAGGACGACGGCAAAUUCAAUCAAGCCGAAUCCGAGUUUAUUUUAGCCGAAAAACCAAAAGAGGCAGUUCUGAUGUACAUCCAUUCAAAAAAUUGGAUUAACGCUUUACGAAUUGCUGAAACUUAUGAACCUGGCACAGUUCCUGAAGUGUUACAAGCGCAAGCGGCGCAAUGUUUUCACGAUAAGCAAUUUCAGGAGUUUGAGGUGUUAUUAUUGAGGGCGCAAAUGCCUGAAUUGAUUGUACAGAAAUAUAAAAGCGCUGAUAUGUGGGUGGAUGCUUUACGCGUGUGUAAAGAUUAUCUUCCCCAUCUUUACCCGACUUUACAAUCGGAAUACAGCAAUUCGCAUCAUAAUAAAAUGUCCGAUGUUAAUAUCGAAACACUUUUAUCGAAAGCGAACGAAUGGGCUUUGGCAGGGCAACAUAAACAAGCAAUUGACUGUCUCUUGCAAGUCAAUACGAGUAUUACCGAGCCUUCGAUUGUGAAAAGGGCCCUUUUGAGGGCCGCCGAUAUGGUUAAUAAGUUUUUAUUCGGACCGGAAGCCCUUGAUAUUAUCAAAGUUUUGUCGCCGAGGUUGACGGAAAUCGGGGAACAUGGGGUUGCCGCCCAACUUUACAUAAGUAUGGAUAUGAUGAAGGAGGCUAUUGAUACGCUUAUUGUCGCUGAAGAGUGGAAUAAGGCGAGGAAAGUCGCCAAGGAGUUAGAUCCGGCCUAUGAAAGUUAUGUGGAGAGUAAGUACAAGGAUCGGUUGUUGAAAAAAGGAGAUGUGGAGCAACUUGCCGAUGUUGACAUAAUCGGCGCUUUGGAUUUGCUCGCCGAACAAGGCCAAUGGGCCCGAUGUAUCGAAAAAGCCAAGACUCACAACGCCCCCAUUUUACACAAAUAUGUUGCUUUAUACGCAGCGAAAUUACUCAAAGAUGGCUUCGUAAAAGAAGCCUUAAAUCUCUAUUCAACACAUGGAGCUCCGGCAAUGCCUCAAAAUUUCAACAUUUAUAAUCACAUUGCUUCAGAGAUUUUCGCUUUGUCGGAUAUUUCAGGACCUGAAAGUUUUUCAGUUUGGGAACAACUGAGACAAAUGCUGUUUGAAAUAAAUGAAGGUUUAGCAGCUAAUACCAACAUGGAAACAAAGCUUCACUUUAGGAAUUUAUUAUUGAUUAGUCACUAUUACGCCCUUCGUACAGCUUGUAGACAAGUACCGUCUUUGAAACCAAUAGGUGUUAAAAUAAGUAGUGCAUUAUUGAGAUAUACUGAUAUAAUACCAGCCGAUAAAGCGUUUUAUGAGGCGGGGAAAGACCUAAAAGAGGAAGGACGCUUAUCGGAAGCUUUCGUUUUUUUGAAUCAUUAUCUAGAUUUGUGUGAAGCUAUCGAAGAAGGCGAAGGCCAGCUUGUAGACCAUUCGGAUUUAGUCCAAACUGAUUUUCCGUCAAAUAUUCCACUUCCUGGACGAUUGUAUUUAGGGGAAGACCCACGUGAACAUGACAAUGUGCGUGAAUGGGUGCUAACAGUGAGCAUGGAUCAAAGAAUCGAACAGACGUUGCCUUUGGAUGAUAGACAACUGUACGAGAGUUGUUUACAACCAGGGGAACAACCGUGCGUUGUUUCCGGAUAUCCGGUCCGGAAACAGAUUGUUACUUUUGCAAAAUCGAAUUUUCAGGCAAAUAAAGAUGUGUGGUCGAAGCUGAAUAUGGGGGCGAAAAUGGCACCAGAGUCGAAUGUUUCGAAUGUCUUGGCGUUUAUUAACAAGUGGUGUGGGGCACCGAGUAGUUAAAUUUGAUUUUGUGUUGAUUUAAAAAAAAAUUAAAGUUUUAAAUUAGCACACCAAAGGGGAAAAAUAAAGUAUUUUGCAAUUU